AUGGCGCUCUCCAGAUUCAGCUUGCGGUUUCCGCGGCCUAAGACGUUCCUGGGCUGCAUCAGCCUCCAGACGGGCACCGAGAUCAUCUCCCUUGUCCUGCUCUUUAACAGGCUCACCGGCCUCUACGGUCUCCUCGCCAUCCUCACGGGCUACGAGCUGUCGGUAACGCAACUGACCAUGUACCUGUAUUCGCUCGGCGUCGUCGUGCUUCUGGCCAUGUUCAUGCCCCACAUCCGCAAGCAGAGCCCCUUUGAGAACCUCUCGCUCGCCUGGCUCUACAUCAUCGACACGAUUCUCAACGCCGCCUACACCACCUUCUUCGCCGUCAACUGGUACCUCAACAGCACCGCCCUCGACACGCACCCGGGGAGCGCCGGCACUCCCGCGGGCGCCGAGAUCGCCGAGACUGCCCUUGCCAAUGGCGCGCCCGUCGUCCCGGACGUGCCUAAGACGACUAAGCACAUCGGCCCGCAGGAGUCGUGGAUGAGCCUGGGUCUCAUCUGCUCCGUCACCCUCAUGCGCGUCUAUUUCGCGGUGGUGGUCAUGUCUUUUGCGCAACAGGUGCUGCAGCGGUACGUCGAGAUGGGCUGGGAGGAGGAGGGACGCAAGAAGGGCCCCGACGGUCCCUUUUCGGUAGGCGAGCCCGGCGGCGAGGGAUCUCGCGGCCGUCUGGGUCGUGUGAUGAUCGCGCUUGGUCGCGGGUACUGGCUCAGCGAGAGGCCGCAGCAGGAGUGGGCGAGCGCAGUGAGCGCCAAGUUCCGGCACGGGAGUGUUUAA